AUGGAGCAAAACACCCUGAAACGGCGAGGCGUGGGCCUCACCGGAGUCGACAAGCAACGGUCCUUCGGAGGCUACACACUCUUCUGCCCGCUCACCAGCGACCAAGCGCACCUCAUCGACAUCGAUGGGAGCGAAGUGCAUACCUGGAAGCUCCCAGGUCGCAUCGGUCGACACGCCAGGAUCCUCCCCAACGGCAACCUAGCCGUCAACACGCUUCGGCCCUCGCCGAACCAGACCACGCAGGACGGUGGCCCAUUCCCCUUCCCCUUCUUCAACAAGUACGGCGGAGGUAUCAUGAGUGAGCUCGAUCCAGAGGGGAAAGUCGUGCGCCAGUUUACCGACCCUCUCGCCCAUCACGACCAGUACCACUUCGGCGACGGCCGCCUGCUCUACACGAGCCUCGAACCGCUGUCCGCCGCGCAAUCGGCGCAGGUACUCGGCGGCGUGCCCGGCAGCGAAAUCGACGGCCUCACCUACGCCGACACGAUCAACGAGAUUGACACGCGCGGCCAGCUGGUCUGGCAAUGGAAAGUCUCAGAGCACCUGCUGCCCCGCGCCGCCGAAUUCCCCCUGCAACCGCACUACACCCGCGAGCACUACCCGCUCAUCAACUCCGUCCUCCCCUUACGCGAUGGACAGCACAUCCUCGCCUCGCUGCGCUCCGUAUCCGCGGUGAUCAUCAUCGAAAAGACCACCGGCGCCAUCGUCUGGCAUCUGGGGCCGGAGACCCUGGCGCAGCAGCACAACGCCACCGAGCUGGCCAACGGUAACCUGCUCAUCUUCGACAACGGGGCCUUCCGCGCGGGCGAGUCGAUCCCCUACUCGCGCGCCAUCGAGGUCGACCGCACCACGAAGCGCAUUGUCUGGGAGUAUCACGAUCGCUCGCAGCCCAUCGCCUUCUUCACCCCAUUCAUGGGCAGUGCCCAGCGGCUGGCGAACGGGAACACCUUGCUGUGCGAGAGCGCCUUUGGCCGGGUCUUUGAGGUCACCCCUGAGGGCGAGAUCUGCUGGGAGUACGUGAAUCCGCACUUUGCCCCGUACCCCGAUGCGGUGACCACGCAGCUGUUUCCGGGGGAGUCGAAUGCCUUGUUUCGGGCGUAUCGGUACGCGUUGGAGGAGAUUCCGUGGUUGAAGGCAAAGCUGGACGGUGGCUUGAACAUUGGCGGCAUAGAUGCCGGAGCGUAGCUUUGGUCAUGUUCCCUGCUAUCAACAUACCCAGAUGGCAUAGAUCUUCAAAAUCAAGGAUGACAUUGGUGCAUAUUGUACAUAUCUCAAGUGAAAC